GGGAGAGUCUGGGGAAGACGCCAGCGGCCUGCGCGCAGGCGCACUGGUUGACACCUGGCUCCCGGUAGCCGCGGGAUUAGGCUUCGCCUGCCACAAUUGCGGGACAAAGAUGACCAGACUGCCCAUGGCCAUGAAUGCGCCUCCAUGCUCCUGAGGCUGAGGCUGGGCCUGCCGCCAUGGGGCUGGGCGGGCCCAGGGCCUGGCUGCUGGGCCUGCCCACGGCCGUGGUCUAUGGCUCCCUGGCCCUCUUCAUCUCUGUCCUGCACAACGUGUUCCUGCUUUACUACGUGGAGACCUUUGUCUCAGUGUACAAGAUCAACAAAGCUGCCUUCUGGGUCGGAGAGACAGUGUUUCUCCUCUGGAACAGCCUCAACGACCCCCUCUUCGGCUGGCUGAGUGACCGUCAGUUCCUCAGCUCCCAGCCCCGGUCAGGCACUGGGCUGUCCUCGAGGGCUGUGGUGCUGGCACGGGUGCGGGCACUGGGCUGGCACGGGCCGCUGCUGGCACUGUCAUUCCUGGCGUUCUGGGUGCCCUGGGCCCCAGCUGGCCUGCAGUUCUUGCUGUGCCUGUGCCUCUAUGAUGGCUUCCUGACACUCGUGGACCUGCACCAUCACGCCUUGCUGGCUGACCUGGCCCUCUCAGCCCACGACCGCACCCACCUCAACUUCUACUGCUCCCUCUUCAGUGCGGCUGGCUCCCUGUCUGUCUUUGCCUCCUACGCCUUCUGGAACAAGGAAGACUUCUCUUCCUUCCGCGCCUUCUGCGUGGCACUGGCCGCUGGCUCUGGCCUGGGCUUUGUGGGGGCCACACGGCUGCUGAAGCAGCGGGUUGAGGUGGCUGGCAGGGAGCCAGGGUGCCCAGCCCUGGCUGUGGACGGCAGCCUGUGUGAAGAAGAGCUGCUUGUGGGCAGCAAGGAGGUGGGCAGCAUCACCUUGGGCCAGUACCUCAGGCAGCUCGCACGGCACCGGAACUUACUGUGGUUCGUGGGCAUGGACCUGGUGCAGGUCUUUCACUGCCACUUCAACAGCAACUUCUUCCCCCUCUUCCUGGAGCAUCUGUUGUCAGACCACAUCUCCCUCUCCACGGGCUCCUUCCUGUUGGGCAUCUCCUAUGUCGCUCCCCAUCUCAACAACCUCUACUUCCUGCCCCUGUGCCGGCGCUGGGGUGUAUAUGCUGUGGUACGGGGGCUCUUCCUGCUCAAGCUGGGCCUGAGCCUGCUCAUGCUGUUGGCUGGCCCCGACCACCCCGGCCUGCUCUGCCUCUUCAUUGCCAGCAACCGUGUCUUCACGGAGGGCACCUGUAAGCUGUUGACCUUGGUGGUCACUGACCUGGUGGAUGAGGACCUGGUGCUGAACCACCGCAAGCAGGCGGCCUCAGCGCUUCUCUUUGGCAUGGUGGCCCUGGUGACCAAGCCAGGCCAGACCUUUGCCCCACUGUUGGGCACCUGGCUUUUGUGCUUCUACACAGGUCAUGAUCUCUUCCAGCAGCCCCCACUGGCCCCUGUGGGGAGUGCCCAGCCCUGGCCAGAGCCCCCGGCCCCACCCCCGGCACAGGCCCCAACGCUCCGCCAGGGCUGUUUCUACCUGCUGGUGCUGGUGCCCAUCAUCUGUGCUCUGCUGCAGCUGUUCACCUGGUCCCAGUUCACAUUGCAUGGGAGACGCCUGCACAUGGUCAAAGCCCAGCGCCAGAACCUGUCAUGGGCCCAAACCCUGGACGUUAAGACGGUGUGAGGGGUGCAGCAAGGCCAGCCUGCUGAGGACACUGCCUGUAGCCCUGGGCAGGAGCCAUCUUUGCAAGCCCAGUGUCCUGGCCCUCUGCCUUCCUGGGGUACAGCCUGGAGGACAGAUGGCAGAGUGGGAGCUCUGGGGGCUGAGCCAGGAGCAUCACUGAGGUCUAAAUUCCUGCUUGGCUGUCUGGUCCAGCUUGGGCAAGGGCUGGGCUGUAUGAGCUCAGGGACCUGCUUCCUCCUAUAGGGCAGGAGGAUGGGGAGGACCAAGAAGGGAUGGUGCCACCCUGUUGUCAUAUGGGGUUGCUGGGGUACACAGAGGCCUAUCCUCCUACCUGGCAGGGUCUGAUGCUCUGUGUGGGCUUGGGAACCACUUUUGUCCGGUCAGAGGAAGCCAACUGUAAGUCCCACCCACCCCUUCCAGUGGUUUCUCUCAGAAUUCUCUGCUUCAGCUGCGCCUGAAGUAGCAUGCCCCAGCAACUGCAGGGUGCCCUGACUCCACCCGGCCUCUAAAAGAGGUUCAUUUUAUCACAGACUGAUUAAAGUCAGUCAUUUCUAUUCCCA